AUGACGGUGGACAUCUUGGCCACCAACUUCAUUGAUGAAGCUAAACAGACCAUGAAUCAGAGGCAAAACAACCCCGGCGAGAGCCACCUUGCAGCGGAGGCCAGAGCGCGCCUAGAGCAUGCCGGGUGGGCCCUGGACAAACAGCAGCCAUCUUCCGGGCCCAGCUCGGCGCCGCUCUCCCCGGCAGGUGUAGGCACCGUCCGCAGCCGAGCGGCCCCGCCCUUCCGCUCUCGCGGGCCUGCCCCUCGGCGUCCCCGCCGCGGCCUCCGCCCGCCUCGCGCGGCUGCGGGCGGCCAGGGCCAGGCGGCGGCGGCCGAGGCGGAGCCGGUGAAGGAGGAGGCGCCGGCCCGCGCGUCGCAGUUCCAGGAGAAGGCAAACCUGUACCCGCCGAGCAUCACGCCGGGCGAGGGUCUGAGCCACGGCGGCGGCCUGCGGCCCAACGGGCAGACGAAGCCCCUGCCGGCGCUGAAGCUGGCGCUGGAGUACAUCGUGCCGUGCAUGAACAAGCACGGCAUCUGCGUGGUGGACGACUUCCUGGGCAAGGAGACGGGGCAGCAGAUCGGCGACGAGGUACGCGCCCUGCACGACACCGGCAAGUUCACGGACGGGCAGCUGGUCAGCCAGAAGAGCGACUCGUCCAAGGACAUCCGAGGCGAUAAGAUCACCUGGAUCGAGGGCAAGGAGCCCGGCUGCGAGACCAUCGGGCUGCUCAUGAGCAGCAUGGACGACCUGAUCCGCCACUGUAACGGGAAGCUGGGCAACUACAAAAUCAAUGGCCGGACGAAAGCCAUGGUUGCUUGUUAUCCAGGCAAUGGAACGGGUUACGUACGUCACGUUGAUAAUCCAAAUGGAGAUGGAAGAUGUGUGACAUGUAUAUAUUAUCUUAAUAAAGACUGGGACGCCAAGGUAAGUGGAGGUAUACUUCGAAUUUUUCCAGAAGGCAAAGCCCAGUUUGCUGACAUUGAACCCAAAUUUGAUAGACUGCUGUUUUUCUGGUCUGACCGUCGCAACCCUCAUGAAGUACAACCAGCAUAUGCUACAAGGUACGCAAUAACUGUUUGGUAUUUUGAUGCAGAUGAGAGAGCCCGAGCUAAAGUAAAAUAUCUCACAGGCGAAAAAGGUGUGAGGGUUGAACUCAAUAAGCCUUCUGAUUCAAUCAGUAAAGACGUCUUAUAGAGCCUUUGAUCCAGCAAUACCCCCCCUUCAGCUACAGUAAUUGUUGACAGGAUUUGUUAACCUGUGAAUACAAAUAAGUGGGAUAAAGACAAAUAGACAACCAGUUGGCAUUUUAAUGAGGAAACCGACAACUUCUUGUGUUGCAUCGAAGGAAGAUCUGGACUGCGUGACCGCAUGAUCGCCUCCAAACCUGUGAUCGCUUCUGGGAAGAGUAUAAGCUACCGCUGACAAUGGCAUUGACAUCUGGACAUGAAAUAAGUGCCCUCGGUAGAAUGUUUUCAUUCUUAAUAUUUUGCCAGAUCUGUCAUCUAGAUGAGUUCAUGUCAUCGUUCCCUUUUUUAUAUAGUCAAGUUUGAAUUUGAAGCAAUUUUUGUAUGAUCAGGUACCAUAUAUCAAAACUGAAUUGAGAAAAAAAUUACAGUAUUAUUCCCCCAAAUCUAUUUUUGUAAACUUCUUCGUACUAUUAAAUUUUGCCCUAAAAGACCUCUUAUGAUGAUUGUUGCCAGCGACUUCCUUGCAUUUUCUUUUUACUUAACAUAAGAGAAGGAGCACUUUAAUCACCAACUGAAAAAUCAGAUUGUUUUGUAGUCCUGUCUUUUACACUAAUUUGAACUCUUAAAAAUUGCUGCUGUCGUUUUUUUGACAUUGUUAAUAUGAAACCUAACAGUAAAAACCAUCACCAUUUACUACCAGUAACUUUCAGUUCACGUUUUAUAAGUAAAAAUACCCAGAAGGUUUUAUCUUUUAAGUUAGAAUUUUUACAAGACUAAAGUGACUGGCACUAAAUGAACUUGAUUCAUCCUCAGCAUCAAGUUCCCGAGAUAAAGGGCUUUCUCACGCUUUCAGGUAUAUUCUGUAGAUGUAGAAGGAAACGUCCCCUUCCUGAGACUUUUCCUUUUGCGGCCAGUUGAUCGAUCGCACUUCCAGUUGUGCUGUUACGUUUUCCUCCCCCGUGAGCCACGUGAUGUGCAGAUCAGAGCCUUGCUUCGGUUGGAUGGCGUCGGGCGGGGCUGAGCCGCGUCGGCGCAGAGCGGAUGUUCGCAAACCCUCAAACCAGGCGUGAUGCUCGCCUCCUUGUCAGUACUGGACGGUGUACGUUUAGCUUAAAAAAACAAAAGAAGUGGAAAAACAUGAUUUUAUUUUUCUGUUUUAUGAUUUUUCUUUUACUUUUCAGAAGAGGGAAUAUUUCAGUAUCACACAAGGCCUCCCAGACUUCUGUUUUUUGAUGUCGGAACUGGGAUGGAUGUGUAAGGCUUUGUUUUGCUGGGCUAAUCUUUAGCAGAGCCCGGAGGGUGGUGUCUGUAUUAAGUUUGAAUGAUGGGUCUAGACCUUGCCCAUUUCAGUUUUCUAUCUCUGCCCUUGAUCUUUGCCAAAAUGCGUGUACAGAGAUAUUUCUGUAUAUUUCAACUUAUGACCGACUUAGCAUCUGUAUAGUUUGUAUUCACUUAGAGACCUUUUCUAUGGAAAGCUCAGUAAUUUUUAUUAAAAGAUUGCUAUUGUUCAUGUAAAACAUGAAGAAAAAAUCUAGUGAAACUGACAGCGUGGACUUAGGGUGGGGUUAAAUAUUCAGUAUUGUGAUCUCACUUAGAACUGCGGGAGAAAAUUAGAGCUUAUGGUUGUUUUCCCUUGCCCGUGUCCAGUUUUGUUCCACUUCCUCUGUGUUCCAGAGAACGCAAUGUAACAUCUCUCUAGUAAGUGCCUCUGCCAGCCAGACCUGGGAGUGCAAGCUGUCUUUGCCAUCUGGUGUGCGUGUGGCGCGCCCUCAGCCUGGACUUCGAAGUGCUGUCAUGUUUAGGUCUAGUGGAGACUGUGUUCUGUUGAUGGGGGUUUGUGGGACUGUCCGGGUGGGAGCUCGUGUGUCACUCAUGUGUGUGUCUCUGUAGUCGUGCAAAGUGUCAGAUUCUCCUCUCUGUGGGUUGUGCUUUCCAGGCAGGUCUUAAAAUUUGUACUUUUCAGAAAAUUUUAUCUAAUUCCUUGGAGAUCAUUGUGAAAGGAUCAAGGAAUCCAGGAUAGCCAUUUCUUUAUAUCCAUUAAAAUUAAAAACCUGUUCAGUUCAUGUCAGCAGGACUGUUAACUUGUCACCAAGCAGGACUCUGUUUAAAACAAAAUUUAAAACUACUUGUGGCCUAUAUAUGUUUAAUUCUAGUCAAAGACAAAGCUUCUAAUGCUGUUUUUCAUUGAAGACAUUAACCAGCUGUAAAAUACAGACCUUUAUCAACAGCAGGCAAAGAAUUUCAGGAUUCAUACACAGACGGGAAAGUCCUAUAAUAUGAAAAGCAGUGUUUCGUUACGGAAGAGCUCUCGAGUUGCUUGUAAAGCUAACCUAAUUAAAAAGAUGUAUAAAUGUUCUUGAAAAACUUA